AUCUUUUUUUGGGCAACUGAUUGGAAAUUUAUCUACUAGUAUAAAAAACUGCGCUUUGUGUUCUCUGUCAAAAAAAGAAAAAAAAAACCGCAGCUCCUCAAUUCUUCUAUCGUCAAGCUCUCAGGGAUCUUUGGUUCUUCCUCUGACGUUGUGUCGAUACUAGGUUUCGCUGGUAAAUUUUAUGAGGGAUUUAAUCAGCAGUUUGCCAGAUGAGAUUCUUGGCAAAAUCCUGUCUUUGCUUCCGACAAAAGUGGCUGCUUCCACAUCGGUUCUGUCCAAGAGGUGGAGGAAUCUGCUGUCUCUCGUAGACAGCCUUAGUUUCGAUGAGUCCAUGGUUGUCUAUCCCAACGAAGAAGAAGCAGAAAACGGUUCACACCGCUUCUCUGAUUUCGUAGACAAAACACUUGCUCUGCUACACAACUCUCCCGCCAUCAAGACAUUCUCUCUGUGUCUUGUAGUUUGGACUGAAUCUUCCCGUGUCAACCGUUGGAUCUGGACUGCAAUGGAAAAGGGUUUACUGGAACUACACUUGUACGCCCCUACCUCUGGUUCUGAUGUUAGUAUAGAAUCUAGGGUACUAAGGAGUACCACACUGGUUAAGCUCACAAUCUCCGGUCAUUAUGAUAUUGAUGAAGAUAUUGACGAAUCUCACGAUGUGUUUCUCCCCGCCCUCAAAUCACUUUCUCUGACGGUUGCGCUUGAUAUUGACCAAUAUCGCCGAAUCAUCCAUGAUGCUUGUCCUGUGCUGGAAGAGUUAACCAUACGCAACGUGGACUUGGGGUCCCUUUGGGGGGGUACGGUUGUGGAACAUGCAUCCAUCAAGCGUCUUGUGAUUGUUACGCAUGUUCCUGAGCAUAUUGACUACUAUCUUUUGUUGGAUUAUUUCGAAAAUGCUCGCCAAACAGUUCGUCUCCAAGCACCCAGUCUCGUCUACCUUGACUAUUCUAGUCCUGUCUUUAAAGGGUAUGUGGUUGGUGAUUUGGAUUCUCUUGUCGAAGCAAGGCUGAGUCUCAAGUUAUGGAGGUCAACUAGUCAUUACGAUUUCGAUGAUGAUUAUAAUUACGAUUAUCAUGGUUCUCUUUCUGAUCUUGAUGAUGAUCCAUGCCCGCCUAUAUUCGGUAACGUUACACGUCUUGUUGCUGCUAUAAGAAACAUUACCACCCUUCACUUGUCUCCUGAUUCCCUUGAGGUGUUCCAUUUCUGCUCUAAAUCCAUGCCUAUGUUCAACAACCUUCUAAAUUUGUCUAUUGAGAGUAACAAGCAAAAUGGCUGGCAAGUAAUGCCACUUCUGCUCAAGUCUUGUCCAAUUCUACAAACUUUACUCUUCAAGGGUCUUGUUCACAAAGUAACAAAUAGAUGCGGAGAUGCAUGCGUUUGCAGUCCAAGUCAGGAAGAGAGGAGGAGGAUGGUUGUGAAAAAGAAGAAAGAAGAAUGUUGUCUACAGACAUGUGGGGUGAAGGUGCUAGAGAUUUCAGACUAUGGAGGUUGUUUUCAAGAGGUGGAACAGAUGAGACAUUUCUUGGGAAAUUUGAAAUGUCUCGAAACCGUAAAAGUUGGUGUUGAUCCGGACAACAAAGGCAAGAAUGCUGACUUCCUGCGAGCUAACCUAAUGAAUCUUCCCAAACUUUCAUCAAAGUGCACUAUUCAACUCCUCUAAGCUCCUUUUUUUUUCAUCUAUCUUGUGUUAUGUAAUGACAUAUUAUUGUCAUCAGUUUAAACAUCCCUCUUUCAUAUUAGUUACAAUAUUUAUCUCUGGAAAUACAUAAGAUUUAUUUUGUUGCA